CUGUUGUAUAAUAGGAUCCACUUGAUUAUUAAAAACAUUUCGUGCUUGCUGAGCAUAUCCACUUUGUACAGUAGGUUGUCGAUUCAAAUUGCAAUAGGUGUAGUCUUGGGAAUUGGACGGCUGCCAAUUCGAUACUUGCGAGCAUAG